GCCCCACCUCCCUGAGCCUUGGGUGGCCGUCAGCGCCUUUGCCUUCAACCCGGAGUAAAGGUGGCCGCAACCUCUUCCGCCGAGGCGUGGUGUUAAGGGUCACGCAAGAUGGCGGCGCCCAGAGGCUGCUGAGGCGUGGAACGGAGGAUGGCGCUGGUGGCUGGGGCUCGGCUGGCGCGGCGGCGGCUGAGCGGGCCGGGGCCGGUGCGAGGGCACUGGACGGCGGCCGGGCGCUCGCGGAGCCGGCGCGAAGCGGCAGAAGCCGAGGCGGAGGUGCCCGUGUUCCAGUACGUGGGCGAGCGCGCUGCCCGCGCCGAUCGCGUCUUCGUGUGGGGCUUCAGCUUCUCGGGGGCGCUAGGCGUGCCCUCCUUUGUGGUGCCCAGCUCCGGGCCCGGGCCCCGCGCCGGCGCCCGGCCGCGCCGCAGGAUCCAGCCCGUGCCCUAUCGCCUGGAGCUGGACCAAAAGAUUUCGUCUGCUGCUUGUGGCUAUGGAUUCACACUGCUGUCCUCUAAGACCGUGGAUGUUACGAAAGUCUGGGGGAUGGGACUCAACAAAGAUUCUCAGCUUGGAUUUCACAGGAGCCGGAAAGAUAAAACGAGGGGUUACGAGUAUGUGUUGGAGCCCUCACCCGUCUCCCUGCCUCUGGACAGACCUCAGGAGACACGGGUGCUGCAGGUCUCCUGCGGCCGAGCUCACUCUCUUGUGUUGACUGACAGGGAAGGAGUCUUCAGCAUGGGAAACAAUUCUUAUGGGCAAUGUGGAAGAAAGGUGGUCGAAAAUGAAAUUUACAGCGAAAGUCACAGAGUCCACAGAAUGCAGGACUUCGAUGGCCAAGUGGUCCAGGUCGCCUGUGGUCAGGAUCAUAGUCUGUUCCUGACGGAUAAAGGAGAAGUCUAUUCUUGUGGAUGGGGCGCUGAUGGGCAAACAGGUCUGGGUCACUACAAUGUCACCAGCUCUCCCACCAAGCUAGGUGGAGACCUGGCGGGAGUGAACAUUAUCCAAGUUGCCACCUACGGUGAUUGCUGCCUGGCCGUGUCCGCCGACGGAGGACUUUUUGGUUGGGGAAACUCGGAGUACCUGCAGCUGGCCUCUGUCACUGACUCCACACAGGUGAAUGUGCCCCGGUGCUUACACUUCUCAGGAGUGGGGAAGGUGCGACAGGCUGCGUGCGGUGGCACGGGCUGUGCAGUGUUAAAUGGAGAAGGACAUGUUUUUGUCUGGGGCUAUGGAAUUCUUGGGAAAGGUCCAAACCUAGUGGAAAGUGCCGUCCCUGAAAUGAUUCCACCCACUCUCUUUGGCUUGACGAGGUUCAACCCAGAAAUCCAGGUUUCCCGCAUCCGAUGUGGACUCAGCCACUUUGCUGCACUGACCAACAAAGGAGAGCUGUUUGUAUGGGGCAAGAACAUCCGAGGGUGCCUGGGAAUCGGUCGCCUGGAGGACCAGUAUUUCCCAUGGAGGGUGACGAUGCCUGGGGAGCCCGUGGACGUGGCAUGUGGCGUGGACCACAUGGUGACCCUAGCCAAGUCAUUCAUCUAAACCUCCCUCACCUGCUUGGGCGGCCCCAUCCCGGGAACCACUGGCACUCCUUGGCAGAGGCCAGCGCGUGGCCAGCCCCCCGGGGUUCUUGGAUAGUGGUGGCGGAGGACGCUGCGUGCAGUGUGACGCUCUGUCCUGAAUCCCUUAACGGGUACCUACCAGGAGGAUCGGGGCAAGGUCCCUCUCCAGCUGCAGGUGAGGCCUGCGGACUCAGCACGGGACGGCAGCCUUUGGUGGGCCGCUGUGGCCCGUGCGUCUCUGCCCUCCAAGUAACAUGCGACGGUGUCUGGUGUCACAUCUGGCCUGAGAAGCCUGUCUUAGGAAAGCUUAGCUUGAACACAGUGCUCGGGAGGUUUCUCCUCUGUCUGUCAUGGCAGUCUCUUGGUUUGUGUCUGGCCAAGGCCAUGCAUGUGCCUCGGACCGAGCCCCACCUUAGGCGAGGGAGUCAGGCUGGCCUUGGCCCUCGGUUUUCAUCCAAGCCACCCUGCUCAUGGCCCUUCCUGGCCGCCUGCCACACCGCAAGCUCGCUGGGGGGACGCUAGAAGCACCGUGGCCUGAGAUUCCAUCUGGAGCUGUCCGCGGGCGCCAGCCCCAGCCUCCCACCACGCUCACUGCCUGGCUUGGAAAAGUUAAGAAGCCCCUCAGGCAGAGAAUCGAGGCCAAGUUCCUGUGGGCCGAGGGCCCCGAGCACAUCCGCCAAGGCUCCGCUGCAGUGCCAGGUGGAGGAGGGAGAUCCAGAAUUGUGAACAACGUUUGAUUUAGUAGCGUGACCUGCCUUUCCCUUUAAAAACAUCUUUUACGAAUCUGUCUUGGAAUAAAGUCUAUUUUCUGCCUUUUGGUUUUUAAAAUCUGAA